AUGCCCGAGCCUCGCGUAGACUCGCCCGACCAGGAAGCUCUACCAGCUGUUGGGGAGAGUCUAGACUAUGACGAGUUUAAAUUGCCAAAACUUACCUCGUUGGCGAUUGUAUUAGCAGCCAAUGGGUUGCUUCAGAUUACCUUCUUUGUUGUCGUCUCUUCGUCUGAUCAAUAUGCACAGUACCUUGGAGGCACUUCGACGUUUUCUGGUGUUGUCAUUGGUAUACCCACCGUCUUUUCUGGCAUGGCGCUUAUCCCUCUGAUGAAGCUUGAUGAAGGAGGAUAUAGACGACCACUUCACUUUGCUUGCGCAUCUGCCUUACUCGGCAAUGUGUUGUACAGUCUCGCAUAUUACGCGAACUUCCUCUAUCUGAUCCUCAUUGGCCGUAUCGUCUCUGGGUUCGCAUUUACAUUCUUCAUGUAUUCAAAACGGUACUGCUCGGAUCACCGUCUCGUAGGCGUGCGUCGCAGAACAAUGUUAGCUGGUUGGCUGGUCUUGGGACAAGGAUGUGGUCUCACGAUUGGUCCCUUCCUCGGAGGUCUCCUAUACAAGGUUGGGUUCUCUAACGCCAUAUUCAAUGGUUUUACAAGCCCAACCUGGGUCGUCUCCGCAAUGUGGGCCAUUUUCUGGGUCAUCGUGACGCUUUUUUUCGAAGAUGUCCCGCGUGUCCAGCCUGCUCGCUUAGAAAUUGAACUACAGCCUGUAGCUCAACCGCAGGCUAUUAUUUCGACUCCUGACGAGAUUUUGGACAAGUCGGCGUCAGACGUACAGGAAGUCGAUCGGCUGUCAUUCACAGAGUCUGCUGGACAGCAAGUACAAAGCUCAGGGGCAGAAUAUCGCCAUCCGGAUUUCUGUCCGUCCCCGCAGUCCCGUUCACCUUCUGAUGAACCGGAUCCACGAGCGACUACGAAGACAUCCAUCACCACGAAUGUGGAAGCUCAAAACACCGAUGCUGCGGAGUCAGUUGGUCCCGAACGGGUGCGCAUGUCAGCGCCCCAAUUGGGUGUAACGGCGACCAUGUGUUGGUUUGCGAUGACCUGCUUCUUCAUUCUUGGUGGUUGGGAGGCAAACAUUCCCGUCUUCAGUGGGUCCAUAUCGCCCCUCAACCCGUUCCACUUCAGCCCUUCUGCGGCGGGAAAUCUACUCGCGCUCGGCGGCAUCUGCUCGCUACCGUUCCUGGUCGUGAACGUGUUCGUUGCGCGGCGGGUACAGGACCGCCACACGCUCGCGGUCGGGACUGCGCUCGGUCUCGCAGGGCUGCUCAUCACGCUUGCGAUCCUGCGAACGCGUACGGUCUCGUAUGGGAGCUAUUUCGUAUGCUGGUUCCUCGUCGCACUCGGAUUCAACCUCCUGAGCACAGUCACGCUCAGCUUGUUGUCGAAACAGCUCCCUGGGGACUGGAACGCACGGAUCAGCUUGGCCAUCCAGUAUAGCAACUACACGGGUCGUGUGACUGGCGCAGUGUGGGGUGGCGCGGGUGUGAAAGUUGGUAUGCUGAACUUUGUGGGUUUGCAGAUCGCUUUCGUGGGGAUUGGAGCGGUGAUGUUCUGCACUUUGUGGAGACAACUCAAGGCGAAGACGGGUUAA